AUUUCCAGGAUGUUGAUGCCAGGAGAGUAGGUGAAAUAGGAUUUGAGAGUUUUGCUUCAUUGUAUCACAAGUUGAUACAUGAUGAAAAUCUGUUUAGCAGUAUGUUUGAGGAGUACACCACUGAUGGACAGAGAGUUACCCUACAAGAAUUUCAGAACUUUUUGCUGGAGCAACAGAAGGAUCCAGAUGCAUUAAAUGAGCAAAAAGUUAGCAAAUUUAUGCGAGAAUAUCUACAAGAUCCUAGCCGAGAUGUUCAAGAGCCAUUCUUCACUGUACCUGAGUUUUUAGAUUUCCUAUUUUCAAAGCAGAAUGAUGCAUGGGACUCGAAACAUAAUGAGGUGUACCAAGAUAUGACACUACCAUUAGUGAAUUAUUGGAUUGCAUCAUCCCAUAAUACCUAUCUUACUGGUGAUCAAGUUAAAUCAGAGUCAUCUGUUGAAGCAUAUGCCCGGUGCCUUCAAAUGGGGUGUCGAUGUAUUGAACUGGACGUUUGGGAUGGUCCAGAUCAAAUGCCAUAUGUGUAUCAUGGGCAUACUCUAACUAGCAAAAUUAAAUUCAUUGAUGUCAUUCGAACCAUAAAAGAACAUGCUUUUGUAACUUCUGAAUAUCCCGUAAUCCUUUCUAUUGAAAAUCAUUGCACUUUACCUCAACAACGAAAUAUGGCAUCUGCAUUUCUGGAAAUAUUUGGAGAUAUGUUGUUGACACAACCCAUUGAAAGGGAUGCUGCUCAAAUGCCAUCACCAGCACAGUUGAAGUACAAAAUUAUAAUCAAGCAUAAGAAACUUCCUGAUGGACAUGAAGAAAGAAUUGUGGUGCGAAGUGAUGAAGCAGGUGCUGAAUCUGAUAUUAGCAAUGCAGUAAAAAAUGGAAUUUUGUAUUUGGAAGAUCCUGUGGAUCAUGAAUGGAGACAGCAUUUUUUCAUGCUAACGCAGAAUAAAAUGUAUUAUGCUGAAGAGCAGCAACCUCUCGAUGAUGACGAUGACACUGAAGAUAAUACAAAUACAGAGCCUCGAGAAGGUGUUCCAAGUGACGAACUUCACUUUGGUGAAAAAUGGUUUCAUGGGAAACUUCCGCAUGGUCGCAACCAAGCAGAAGAACUUCUGAAUCAGUAUUCAUUUUUAGGUGAUGGCACAUUUCUUGUUAGAGAAAGUGAGACGUUUGUUGGCGAUUAUUCUUUAUCAUUUUGGCGUCAAGGUACUGUGAACCACUGCCGUAUUCGAUCAAAACAGGAAAGAGGCCAAACAAAAUAUUAUUUAAUAGAUACUAUAUCAUUUGACACUCUUUAUAGCUUAAUAACAUAUUAUCAGUCGAAUCAACUUAGGAGUCCAGAAUUUUGUAUGUGUUUAACCGAGCCAGUACCUCAGCCCAACAAGCAUGAAGAAAAAGAAUGGUAUCACUCAAAUAUGACAAGAGCUCAAGCAGAAGAGAUGCUAAAAAGAGUGCAUUACGAUGGAGCCUUUUUAGUUAGGCCUAGCGAGAAAGAAGAAAAUUGUUUUGCUAUUUCAUUUAGGGCGGAAAACAAAAUAAAGCAUUGUAGAAUAAAAUUGGAAGGCCGCCUUUUUACUAUUGGAACAGCACAGUUUGAAAGCUUAGUGGAAUUAGUUUCUUAUUAUGAGAAACAUACUUUAUACCGUAAAGUGAAAUUGAAGUACCCUGUGAAUGAAGAAGUAGUUCGCAGAAUUGGUGGAGAGCCAGAGUAUUCACCUGUGUAUGGUCCAGCCGGAAUGUAUAUGGAUCCAAACUGCUUCAUUUCCAAGAUAACAGUAAAAGCUUUGUAUGAUUAUCGUGCACAACGGGAAGACGAAUUGUCUUUCUGUAAACACGCCAUCAUUACAAAUGUUGUGAAAGAAAUCGGUGGCUGGUGGAAAGGUGACUAUGGAGGGAAAAAGCAACACUGGCUGCCGUCAAAUUACGUUAAAGAGAUUGAACCACAAGAAAACAGUGAUGAAAAUUCUGGUGAGGCUAUGCCCCUAGGAAGUCUUCAAAAGGGAUGCAUUGAUAUUGUAAACUGUACUGUUGAUAUUCUGACAGGAAUGUCUGAUAGGGGUAAAGAAUUUGUUUUCAGAAUUGUUUCUCCUCGUCAAAUAACUCCUAUUGAGAUUGCUGCUGCAACACGAGAAGAAAUGGUUGACUGGGUGCAGACAAUAAGGCAAACUGCGCAAUCAGCUAAUGACAUGCUAUUGCACAGUAAAAAAAUGGAAAGAACAUUGAGAAUAGCUAAGGAAUUGUCAAACCUGAUUAUAUAUUGCAGAUCAAUGCCAUUUAGCCCUGAAAAAAUUGGAAAUUUUACAGAAAUGUCAUCAUUUCCUGAAACAAAAAUUGAAAAAUGGGUGGGCCCAAGUAAUUGCAAGUUUCUUCUCAAGUAUCACCGAUUGCAGUUCAGUAGAGUUUAUCCUAAAGGUAGUCGAAUAGAUUCUUCGAAUUAUGAUCCUUGUCGUAUGUGGAACUCUGGCGUGCAGAUGUGUGCUCUUAACUAUCAAACACCAGAUAGAGCAAUGCAGUUGAAUCAAGCUCGAUUCCUUCAAAAUGGAAAGUGCGGAUAUGUUUUAAGGCCUCAGUAUAUGUUUGAUGACAAUUUUGAUCCAUAUGUUCGAGGUACAUUGCAGGGUGUUCAACCUUUAACAUUAUCCGUCCAGAUAAUUGCUGCUCGGCAUCUAAUGAAAAUAAGUAAGGGAAUUGUGAGCCCAUUUAUUGAAGUUGAAUUAGUAGGAGCUGAGUAUGAUAAUAACCGUUUUAAAACGAAGACUAAAGAAGAUAAUGGUUUAAACCCUGUGUGGAAGGAAUCAUUUGUCUGGAAUAUAUAUAGUCCUGAGUUAGCCUUAAUUAAAUUUGUUGUGCUAUAUGAAGACAUGUUUGGGGAUCCGAACUUCCUCGCUCAGGCAGCCUAUCCUGUUACUUGCUUGAGAACAGGUUAUCGGUCUGUGGCACUGAAAAAUGAGUAUAGUGAAGAAUUGGAACUCGCUUGUUUACUUGUACAUAUUAAUAUUCAGUAUCAUCAUGCAGAUGAAGCAGAUUCCUCUAGAUUUUUGCAGCAAUCAAGAAAUCAGUCACAUGAAGUACUGCAAAGGAUAGAAGACCAAGAUGCACUUGCUGAUGAAGCUGGAGCUCCAUUUAUGCAAAAUGCAGAAGAGCAUUUCAGUAACAUAUCAGGAUAG